GCAGGAACGAAGUCGCUGCUCGUUUACAUCAGAAUGCUGCUUCUUUCUCUUUAGUGAUUUAUUGAGUUUAAGCGAAGCUUACAUAGUUUUUACUCAUUCACAUUUUUAGAAGAUGCGAGCAGAAAUCUGAAAAAAAGUGAAUGUAAAUGUGUUUAAAAAAAAGAUGUUGAUGUUAAGAGAUGAGAUGGAUGUGAUGUGCUGUAAAUCAGUAGGAACUGAUCUGUCCAUGCUGGAUAUUGAUGAUUUCAUCACAGAAAUCUCUCAGCUGAAGAAAGAGGUGGCGUUACUGGAGGCAAAACUGAGAUCAAGAGGAAAUGUAGGACUGACGAAAGAGGAUGUGGAUGCGGUUGGUCGUGAAUCUUCAGUGUAUGUGACUGAUACCACACCACAGCCACUGCUGGACUCUAAACUCUCUGAAGAGAAAUCCAGACACACACAAGACUCCGAUCUCAGUCUGACUUUACUCUGUUAUACUGAGUCAAAGUCCACAGACAUUCAGGAUGCUACAGUGUCUGACAGUAAACAGAGCUUACAGGAGGAUCAAACCUCCACAGAGUCUCUGGAUUCUGUCUGUAACGCUGGGGAACAGCAGCAGAUCCUGCAGACCAAACUGAAGAUGUGUUCAGUUAAACUCAUCGACUGCAGGAACCUGAUAGAGAUGAGAAGAGAAACCACAGCAGAGGAAGAUCACACUGAUGAUGAUGAAGAUGACAAUCAUAAUGAUGAUGAUUUUAAUCCUUCAGAUGAUAACAGUGAUUCAUGUUCUGAUGGAGAAACAAAACAGCGACCGACAGCACAAACUUUUUCCUGCGUCACCUGUGGAAAGACAUUGAGCUCACAGGGACAUUUAGCGAGACAUGAGAGAAAACACACAGAAGAGAAAUUCUUCACCUGUAGGAGAUGUAAGAUCAGAUUUCCUUCCUUGCAAGAGAGGAAUCUUCAUUCAAAAGAGCACAAGAAGCAGUUUAACUGUAAACAGUGUGGGAAAAGUUUUUUCAUCUCAUCUCUGCUGAAAAUUCACAUGGAGACACACAGAAGUGAAAAACUUUUUCACUGCAGUGAAUGUGACAAAUAUUAUAAAACCAAAGCAAAUCUUGAUAUUCAUAAGAGAAUUCACACAGGAGAAAAACUGCUCGAGUGUCCUCACUGUGGGAAAAGAUUCAACCGCAAAUCUUAUCUGACGUAUCAUAUGUUUUUACACAGCGAUGAGAGACCGUAUCAGUGCAGUAAAUGUGUAAAAACAUUUAAGGAUCCAUGCUCUUUAAAGAAACACCAAAAAACACACACUGAUGAGAAACCCUUUCAAUGUUCACACUGUGAUAUGCGUUUCACCCAGAAAGUUCACCUGAAAUCUCAUGAGGUAAUUCACACUGGAGAUAAACCUCACCUCUGCUGUCAAUGUGGAAAGAGAUUUACUCAUCUAAGAACUUUUCAAAUUCAUCAAAGAGUUCACACCGGAGAAAAACCUUAUUGCUGUAAUGUUUGUGGGAAGAAAUUCACUCAGCAGGUAAACUUUCUAAAGCACCAGACGAUUCAUACUGGAGAACGAGCUUACAAAUGCUCUCAGUGUGAGAAGACGUUUGCUCGAUCAGAUAUCCUGAAGACCCAUCAGAGAGUUCACACUGGAGAGAAACCUUACCACUGCUCCAUCUGUAGAGAGAGAUUCGCUUAUUUAGGAAGUUUACAAAGUCAUCAGAAGAAACAUGCUGAAGAAGAAACUCAGCUGGAAUCAUCAUAACAUCUUUCAUCAUUUUUAUUUAAAAAUAUCUGUUAUUUUGCUUGGGGCGGGUGAUAUUUGUCCAUAUUUAUAUCUCUGUAGUGUUGGAGUGAAUAUCCCAGUAUUCUACAAAGUGGAAUAAAUCUUUUAAAAAAAGUCAAAAGCCUGGUGUGAGGUGUCACAAUUACAUUUAUUAAAACCGUGUAUAAUAAAAGUGAAAUUCAUUUGAAAAUAUACAGCUGUACAACAAGCAUGCUGACUGGAAAGCUUACAUCUGACCUCAGUGUUUAUUUUUGUUGGAUCAUCUGUUGCAUUACAUGAGGUUUAUAUCAGACCAUGACAAUAUAGGCAGGAUCGUCUCAUUCCAUAUCCUGCUGGGAAAAAUAACGAUAUUAUUAACUAUUACCAAAAUUCAUUAUACUGCAAUAACCUCACAGUUCUCACAGACCUGUGGUGUUUUUAUGAAAUUGUUUUUCUAUUGAAGUUCAAAUCAAUUCAAAUCGGAUUUUCUGAGGCUCUCAUGUAGGCUAUGAAUAGAAAUGAAUAUUUUGAAUGCUAUGUUGUACAUUUUAAAACUAAGCAGAUUAAUGUUUAAAUGACAACUUGUAGUUAUACAUUUACAUUUGUCAUUAUUUUUAAUGUGACUCGUGGAGUUAAAAGAUAACCUGAAUUGUUGUUAAACCUGUGGGUUUAUGCAGGAGUUUAAAUAUAAAUAUUUAAUUUUAUU